UGUGACAAAACUGUUUUACUUCAUCGUAUGAAUUACCUGUCUUGUAUCUUCUUUUUCACAGCACUAACGUAAACACGGUGUCAUUCGGUUGAAGUUUGAUGGCUUGCCAGCUUGCCAAAUUGUUGACUGCACAAUUGCGCCAAAAUAUAAGAUCAUUCAGCGACCAUCCACCAAAGAUAAUGUCGGCUUUACAGGGAAAAAGAGGUGCCUUUAUCGUGUUGGAAGGGUGUGACCGCACCGGUAAAACUUCGCAAUGCAAAUCCCUUGUGGCUAAACUGGUAGAGGCGAAUGUUCAGGCACAGUACAUGAACUUUCCGGACAGGUCUACACAGUGUGGGCAACUGAUAAAUGGAUACCUGACACGAAAAGAUGAUUUCACAGAUGAGGGCAUACAUCUGCUGUUUACGCUGAACCGAUGGGAAAGGAUGAAGGAAAUGGAGAAGCUUCUAAAGAGCGGUGUUAACCUUAUCGUUGAUCGGUAUUCAUACUCCGGAGUUGCGUUCAGCAGCGCGAAGGGUCUAGCUAUGGAGUGGUGCAAAGCGCCCGAAUCCGGCCUUCUAAAGCCAGACCUUGUAAUACUGCUUACAUUGUCCACUGAAGCACUAGCCCGAAGAGGUGGGUUCGGAGACGAGCGCUACGAAGUUCCAGCAUUUCAGAAAAAAGUGAUUGAAAAGUAUUCAAUGCUGAAGGAUGAUCGAUACUGGAAAGCGGUUGACGCAGAUAGAACGUACGAUGAACUUACAGCAAAUCUAUACGAUGAAGUGGUACGUACCAUAGAGAAUGCUGGCGACAAACCUUUGGAGAAAUUAUGGUGAACGGUUUGUGGCAAUUAUAUCAAUUGAAAAUAGAAUAAGCAAAUGAAAGUUUUUCAUAUAAACAA